AUGAGUGGCGGUCUUACUGUUGAUCUUGACUAUUUUGCUAAAAAUAUUCAAACAUUCAUUGAUCAAGACAACUUUUAUGAUGUCGUUGAAAAAGAAGACAUCCCAAAAGUUUUAGAGAAAACAAAUCUAGAUUCAACUACCUUCAAAACUCUCCUUUCGCAGGGUAAAUCAAAAUAUAAUUCAUCCAAACUAUAUAACAUUGUUCGAAAGUGCGCUGUUUCUAUAAGUUCAUUUGAAGAUGCACUUAACGUUCUCAAAACUUACAAAGAUAUUCUUAAACUUAAAUCAUCUGGUAGCUUAAUUGACUUUUUAUAUAAAUACAAGACGGAAUGCAUUACGAAUUCUCAAGAAGUUUCGAAUUUCCAAACCGAAAUUCGAAAUCUCAAAAAUAAGAAUGAUCAAUUAGAAAAUGAAAUCUUAACACUCAAAAAUGAUAAUGACAAAUUACGUCAAUCAAUCAGUGAAUUUGCAAAAAUUUCUGAAUUACGUUCUAAUUCUAAUUUUGAUACAGUUUACAAUUUCCUUAAACAACUUUCAGAUGAAGGCGAUAAACUGAAAAUGUCAAUUUCGUGUGCAGUUGGAUUAAGUGAAAAGAGAAAUAGAUUUGGAUCCACUCCACUUCUUUAUGCAUGUUAUAAAGGAGAUCUUGAAUUGACAAAGUCUCUUAUUGAAGGAGGUUGUGACAAAGAUGCAGUUAAUAAAGGCGGAAAUAAUUGUUUGCUUAUAGCAUCAUUAAAUGGACAUCUUGAAAUUGUGAAAUAUUUAAUUGAAAUUGGUAUUGACAAAAAUUGGCAAAUAACUAAAGGAUAUAAUGCAAUUCUUUUGGCAUCACAAAAGGUCAUCUUGAAACAGUUAAAUAUUUGA